AUGACGAGCUGGAAACAAUGUAUUCCCUCGACACCCACCUUCGUAUGGCUCGCUAAAUUAUCACGGUUGUGGCUCCUCGUUUUCUUCUCCUCACACGUUCACAGUCUCUACCCACCGAUCACUCUCGCCGAUGAUGCUGCUCCAAGAGCUGCCCUCGUGACUCUGGCCUAUGAAUAUGACCUUGAACCUUUACUUUCGUCGAUGCAUCAGUUGGAGCAAGCGUUCAACAGCCGAUACAAUUAUGACUGGGUGUUUUUCAGCACAGUGCCUUUGAGCGAGGAGUUUCGUCGGUUGACAUCCAACGCCACCACAGCUACUUGCGUCUAUGAAGUCGUUGGACAGGGUGAUGUCACUUUACGUUCCUGGGAAGAAAAGGAUCCCUUCAGCCAAGAGAAGCCAUCACAAACUUCUCAGGAAGCUGCGUCACCAACUCGGGGGGAUACAUUCAAAGCAUUAAAGACCUUCCGUCAGUUGCAGCGUUGGAACAAUGGGCCAUUUGCGAAAGAGAAGCGGCUUCAGACAUAUGACUGGUUUUGGAGGAUUCAGCCCGGGGCUCAGUUCACGCAUGACAUUGGAUUUGACAUUUUUCGUUUCAUGAGAGACCACAAUAUUGCGUACGGAUCCAACAAGGUCAACCUGGAACCGAUCCACCGGUCACUUAUUUCACAGCAAGUCAAAAGGUUUUUGGACAAGCAUUCUGACCUUUUGCACGCCGAAGCAGAUGUGGCUUGGCUCCUAGGGCUUUCUGACGAUCGAUAUGACCGCCGUGGGUCACUGAAAUGGUCCCGGGGCUUUAGUACUACUGGAACAACGAAGGACGACGCAAGUACACCAGAAGAAGCCUUCACAAACUGGCUACUUACCUUCUACAAGAGCGGCACUUCCCCCAAAUUCGACAUAGGCUCUCUUUCCUUCUUUCGAAGCCACAGUCACCAGGUGCUUUUAGAUCACCUUGAUGGAUACGAUAGUCAAUAUGAGCAAGGAUUUGGAGAUAUCUUGGUGCCGACCAUCAGUGCCAGCAUGUUCCUACCACAAAAGAGUGUGUGGAACUUCCGCCAAAGAGACCGAGGCUACACCAGCUGGCCACACCCCCCCGACUCAACUCCGGAGCCAAAGCUCAAAUUGUGGCAUCGCAUGAAGCGAGCAGUUCGCAACGAUUCACAUCAAACGGUAACGAAACAGAGACAAUCUUCUUCACAGGACCGCCGGAGCGGUCUUACGGAGCGAUUCGCUCUGUGGGAUGUGAUAGCUGAGGAUUUUGGUAGGCAGGCUGCUAUACCCGGCCUACAAUCGGGAAAUACUGUGAUUGACGGACGCAACUUUGCACUCAGUUGA